GAGAUUUUUUAAGGAAAAGUCAAUAAAAAGCAGUGGCCGUUUAACGUAAAGCGACUGUUUUGCUUCUUCUCAGUUAUCUCAGCUCAAAAGUCAAGCUUUUAAAAUGUUUUUCAACAUUUUUCUUUUUUUUAUCCUUUCCUGUUAUUCUUUUUGUUUUUAACCCUCCCUGAGUCUCCCCUCCUAUAGAGGUUUUUGCCCCUGUCCCUUUACACCAAAAUCCACUCUAACACAACUAAAAAUUCAUUUUGUCUGACCUAAAUCAGAGGGUGUCUGCACCAUGGGCUUAUUACACACUGCACUUAAACUUGUGUUGUGGAGGAGGAUGGGGUAUUAUUAUCUUCCAGCUACCCACCCUGCUAUAAAAACUAGUGGUGCGACAUCUCCUCAGCGCAGUGCUGCUGCCCUCCCUUCCUCUCACUCCCUCGCGCUCGUCCUACACGAGCCGCACACAACAGAGCGCUUGGCUCUGAACUCCACUUCAGCCACUCAGCUACAAAGACAGACCCAAGACUCACACUCCACUCUCCCCUGCUUUACUUGUCGCUUGUGGAUAUUCCUUCCAGGGUGUUUUUUUUUCUCCUUUAGAACUUGAUUUUUUUUCUUUUUUUCUGAAUGGGCAUCUGAGCCCGGUGUGUGGAGCGUGUGAAUGAACUGGAGCGCAAAGAGAGCAGCAGCUUCUUGUCAAUUAGGCAAAGCGAUGCUGGGAGGUCAAGUGAGGAGCAGCAGGGCGUCUUGGUGAUCUGGAAAUACAGCGAGAGGCACAUCGAGCAGCUGAAGGAAGCAGACACAGGGAGGAGAAUGGUUCAUCACAGGGAGGAAGACUUAAUCGGGAUCCCAUUCCCAAAUCACAGCAGCGACGUCCUCUGCAGCCUCAAUGAGCAGCGGCGUGACGGGCUCCUCUGUGAUGUCAUCCUCAUUGUGCGUGACCAGGAGUACCGCACACACCGCUCUGUUCUCGCCGCCUGCAGCCAGUACUUCAAGAAGCUCUUCACGGUGGCUACCACCGAUGGGGGGGACGCUCACCACGCCGCCGCUGUGUACGAGAUUGACUUUGUGGCUCCAGAGUCCCUCACCGCCAUCCUGGAGUUCGCCUACACGUCCACCCUGACGGUGACGGCGUCCAACGUCAAGGAGAUCCUGAACGCAGCUCAGAUGCUUGAGAUUCCCUGCAUCAUCAACGUUUGCCUGGAGAUCAUGGACAGCGGGGAUGGAGGCGGUGGUGGGGGAGGAAGAGAGGAGGAAGAGGACGAGGAGGAAGAAGACGAGGAGGAAGAAGAAGAGGAGGAGGACGAUGAGGAGGAGGAUGUUGGGUCAAGGAAGGAUGAGCAGGAGAAGGAGGAAGAUAACGCCAGUGAGAGGUCGCUGGAGAGCAAGGGUGAGCCGAUGCAUCUGGGUGCAGAAGAUUCGCCGCCUCCCAGCACCUCCACGCUCCACCAGCGUCGAGAACCGAGCCAGGCCCAAUCUCCAGGGGGAAUGAGAGGCAAACAGGAAAGUAUGGAGAGUCGAGCCCUGAAGGACUUCUCCAUCGACUCCCUUCUCCAAGAAGGGCUCUAUCCCCGAAUGGCCACAGUGGACAGGAAGCCCACAUUCUCUCCCCUCAUCCCGGGCUUCUAUCCUUCUCUGUGGGCGGAGUUUCCAGCAUUUCCCCAGCAGCUCCUCAACCCCACGCAUCCCCACGCAGGAGUUUCACCACAAGUCAGGCUUCCUCCACCCUUUCCCCCGUCUGCACCAAUUGAGCCUUCAAGACCGCUCGAUCUGGCAGUAAAGAGAGAAAUCAUCAAGGAGGAGAUGAAGGAGGAAGUCCCACCCUCUCUGCUGCACAGCGACUUCCUGAAAGAAUUUGUCAGCUCAGGAUUGGGGAGCACCAUAAGCCCUGGGCCAGCACCUUCAGAGGGUCACCCGCUGGGUCCGAUUAAGAGUGAAGCGGACUUCCGGUCCUACUUGAGCCUCUUGAACUCUGCGUCUCACCUGGGGGCUCUGUUCCCUCCUUGGCAGCUGGAGGAGGAGAGGAAGAUGAAGCCCAAAGCAUCGCAACAGUGUCCCAUCUGCAACAAAGUCAUCCAAGGAGCUGGGAAGCUGCCACGGCACAUGAGAACACACACAGGAGAAAAACCUUACAUGUGCACCAUCUGUGAAGUGCGAUUUACCAGGCAGGACAAACUCAAGAUCCACAUGCGGAAGCACACCGGCGAGCGCCCGUACAUCUGCCUCCACUGCAACUCAAAGUUUGUCCACAACUACGACCUGAAGAACCACCUACGCAUCCACACGGGCGUCCGGCCUUACCAGUGCGAGCACUGCUACAAAAGCUUCACGCGCUCCGACCACCUUCACCGACACAUCAAGAGGCAGAGUUGCCGCAUCUCCCGCCCCCGGCGAGGACGCAAGCCGGCAGCUUGGAGGUCUGCGCCCGCCGGGAACUUCCUCUGUCCUCCCGCCGGCGCCACCAACCCACUGGGGGAGAACGGCUUCAGUCAUGCGUACCAGGGGGUCAAGGGUCAUGGACUCGGGGAGUUGCUCGGUCUUGGCAGCAGGGGUCUGGGGUUUAAAACUGUGGACGCUUCGGUCAGGGAGGAGCGGCAGAGAGAGGGGAAAGACAUCCGGGAGGAGGAGAAGGCUGGAGCACGGAGGCAGAGGGGGGUGUUUGCAUUUGCGCUGGCCGGAGAAGACAUGCUCACCCACUCCCCGUUUUAUGCUGCGCCCUCUGACCCUUGGACCAUGAGACUGGAGCGGGCUCCUCCCAUCCCAGAGCCAGCCAAAUGAGCUCCACCCUGUGGAAAGAAAGAAAGAAAACCCAAGGACAGGAAAUUCCCCCGAGCAUCGGUGUCUGCUCCACCCCAGAAGCUAAAGCACCUUUUAGAAGUGUCAUCAAUGAACUUUGUGAAGCCUGCUGAUGAUGCAGAGGUUGAGCCGUCAGCGCGUUAAAAACCAGCGUCAGAUCUGAGAAUGUGCACAGAAACGAACUGCUCGCUGCAAAACUGUUUGCAUUAUUUUUUAAUCUAUAGUGGUAUUAAGUCAAAAAGCGAAUAACUUCAGUGCAACCAACCCCUCUAAAGUGUCAAGUUUUGUUAUGCAAGAAAACGCACAUCUAUGCUGAACAGAAAAAGGAUUUUCUUUUAUAAAAGACACAUCUACAGGAACGUUACAAAAAAUAAAGGUUUCAUUUUUUUAUUGGCUGUUUAAAGCUGAAAAACUACAACUUCCAGAUAGUUUUUAAUGUUUUUAGAACAAAGGAAACCCACUUGAAGAUGAACAUCAUUCCUCUGCAUUUAAGCUCCUCGUCUGCACUAUUGUACAUAGCUAAUGUUGAUUACAGUUGAUGUAAAUUUUGGAAAAAAAAGGUUUCUCACAAUUAUAUAUAUUGUUCUUUAAGAAAUCCACCCAAAGAGGAGUACUUUGACAUUUUAAGACUUGAAUGCGAUUUUGUUUUUUUGAUUAUGUGUCUUUAGAGGAUGUACAAGUUUGACUAAUCAGCUGCCGCUUCAGUUAAACAUGUAUGCUUGUGUCUGUUUUUUUUCCAAUGCGACAAAUUAAAAAGGGUUUGAACUCCAUUUCUCCCACACAAAAUUCCUCUCCAAUAUGUGUUAAAAAAAAACGUACAUUUUGUUUUAAGUCUAAACAGGAAAGUAUUUUCUUGCUAUUUAUGCGUAUUUAAGAUGAAUGAGCUCUGGAUAUAUUUUGCAAAUCUGUUUUAUAAAGACACUAAAUGUUGACCUUUUGUUUUUGGGUGUAUCGUUUUUGCAAAAGUACCAGUUUGUUCAAAACAGAGAUGUGUGCUUUAUUUCUGAAACGCGCGUGUAAUUCAGUCCAAUAAACCUGCUUCGUUCCAGGUUUGAAAGAAAUAGUUUGGAUGGAAAAAAAAAGCAUCUUUGUGAGCUGAAGUUUGCAGUUUUAUAGCUUGGAGAGGAAGAAGAUGAGGCUUAGUUACUUACAGGCUUCAGAUUUCAGCUGGAGUUUACACCUCAGUUUACACUAUGUGUUCAUUAUUUUCAUCCCAUAGCUACAGUCUAUUGACAGAGUCCAAGGCCCCCCAAAUAACCAAUUGGAGCUCUCUGCAUGACAACUAAUGGUGAACUUUUUUUUUAACAGAAAUUAAAACCAGAACAAAAACAUGACAGUAAAAACACAAUUCAAUAUGCUCACUACCACCUCUGAUACCAAAAA